CCAGAGGAGGGGACCAUUGCAAGCUCUGUCAUGGUUAUACACAACUGUCAUUCCAGCACUCUGGUGGCCAAGGCAGGCUAGAUCAUGAGUUUGAGGCUAGCUAGCUUCAGCGUAGUAAUGAGACCUGUUUCAAAGAAACCAAUGGCCAACUAACCUAACCCUGUGUCCUAAGCAAGGAAAGUAAGGCAGAGAGGGAUAAAGGCCCUCCAGCUCCUUGGGGUCCAGCCAGAGCCAGCAGAGGAAGGAACAAUGGGGACACUCAAGGGGAGGGGAGGGAACAUUGCCAGGGUUUUGUGGGCAGCGGAGGAAGGAAGACUGGCUGGAGGAAGGGACAUUUGCAUUGGGUCUUGAGAGAUGUGUAGGAGUGUUCCGAGGUAAAAAGAGCAUUCUGUGCCAGCUUGUGACUGGGUUCAGCUGAAUUUCAUACAGAGGCAGAUGUAGAGUCUCUUCAUGAUGGGGUACAUUCCGGGAGACGUGUUGGUAGGUGAUUUUGUCACAGCGUGUACUCACACAGCCUGAACAGUUCCUGCUGCACCCUUGGGGGCUGGAACUGCAAUCUGCGAGCUCUGUGAGACCCGGAGCACGGCGGCAGGUGCUGUGAAGCGUGGACCGUGUCCCUAUGUCACCAGUCCACAGAGCCCUGUGGUACCUUGAGUGUAAAUCAACCAAGAGCGUGAAUUAACUGCACACCGGAGGAGCUUCACCUAAGGAGGUGAUCCCCUCCCCUGGAUGCCAUGGCAGAAACGGGGAGGCUGCCCCCGCCACUGCCCCCUCGGCUGGACUGGUUUGUGCAUACCCAGGUGGACCAGCUGGCCCAAUACGGGAUCCCGGAGUGGUUCCAUGGCACCAUCUCUCGAGAAGCCCAGGCCUGCUGCCGUCACUUCAUGGUGAAACUCUCAGAUGACGGGACGGUCAGCCUUGCUGGGGAUCACGUGAGCCACGCUUCUCUGGACGCCCUGGUCACUUUCCACCAGCAAAAACCCAUUCGUCCAUACGGGGAGCUGCUGACCCAAGCCUGCGGGCAGAAGGAUCCAGCAAACGUGGACUACGAAGAUCUCUUCCUGUACUCUAAUGCCCUGGUUCAGGAUGCUGAAAACCGCGGCCCCACGGAAGUUCAGAGGCCUUCUUCUUGCCCACCCGAGGAGGCUCCUGAAAGGAAGCCUUCCGCAGGAACUGAUGGAAAGCUCGCAUCAGCCCCCUCCUCCCCAAAAGCACGUUUUGGGGAGGCAGGACAGAGACUGUGGAAGAACCUGAGGACGCUGCCAGAGACCAGCCGGAAGGUGAAACAGAGGCUCACUUCACACCUGUCAGCCACGAACCUGCUGGGAGACGCCAGGCGUGUGGUGCAGCACCGUAGCCCGGUGACUCGAGCAUCCAGCUGGGACAGUGCUUGCCAUUCCGCGGACCCCGGUGCAGCCACCUCUCUCCAGAACCCCUCAGAGCCCCAGGGAGACGCCACCUUCACAGCCUCCAGGCCUGCUGGCUGGAAGGAGGCAGUCUCAGGGGUCAGGGCCUGGCGUGGAAAGGUGGUGAGGGCCCUGUCGGUCCAGGCAACCAAACCAGAGCCUGAAGAGUUUCCAGAAGCCCAGGGCUGGCUACCUGAGGAAUACCUCCGACCACCACCUUUCGCCCCUGGGUACUGACAGCACCCCCUUUAUCUUGGGUACCCAUCUCUUCUUUCCAGUCCCCACCCCUGCCCUCACAACCAGAGAACUGUUGGAAAGGGUUACAGGGCUGAAUUCUGCAGUUGCCAACAGAGGGACCUGAUUGUUUUAAUAAUAAUAGAAUUACCACGUUAGGGACUCGGAUGAGAUGGCCCAUUGGUAAGGCAGCAAAGGCUUGCAGGCAAGCCUGACUACCUGAGUUCGAUCCCUGGCACUCACACUAUGGAGGGGGAGACCCAGCACCUGAAAGUUGCCCUCCAACCGCCCCAUACAUGUGUUCACACACACACAGUAAAUAUAACUUUAAAAAUAAUUGUCGCAGUGACUUGGUGGGCACAACACAUGUCAAGCCUGUAUCCGAGCUCUCUGAUCAUGAGUUAGCCCUCUAUAUCCAUGAGCCUUCAUAGUUCACAUUCAGCCACACUAGCCUACUUAAUGAAUUCCAGACUGCUGUUUAUAAAAAGGCGGUGAAAGAGAGUCAAGCCAUCAUUCAA